AUGGCCGGUUCACAGAGGACUCAGCUGCAGAAUUCUCUGCAAAACCGUCGCUCGACUAUCAACUGUCUCUCCAAAGGUGUUCAGGAUAAAGUAUUCCCAUUUGCCCAGGAGAAAACAGUCAAACCAUGGAGCUCUCUGGAAAAUCUGGACACUCCUAACGUCAGAUCUGGGGACAGAUCGCAGUGGGAGCAGAACAUCAACUUAAAUGUUGGAGGGAAAGUUUUUCAGAUCCCCAAACAGAGUGCCGCUCAACACCCAAACACCCGAAUAGGUUCCUUAGCUCUCUGCACAGACCGGACGAAACUUCUCACGCUGUGCGAUGACUACUCUGUGCACAAGAACGAGUUCUUCUUCGACCGCGACCCUGCCUUCUUCCACCACAUCUGCCAUUUUUACGCGAGCGGAGUGCUGUGGAUCAUACGAGAAAUGUGCCCCAUCAACUUUGAGGAGGAAAUCGAGUACUGGGGCCUGAGCCUGAAAGACACCCAGUUGUGUUGCUGGAUGGUGUUUGAGGAAAAGGUGGAUGAGGUGAAAGACAAUCUGAAGGUGGAGAGGGAGCUGAUGGCUGAGAUCGAGACAAAGUACAACGAGGAGUACUUCAAGGACAUGGUUUUUGGAGACAUUCGGAGGACGGUGUGGAACAUUGUGGAAAAUACUUACUCCUCAGCUAUGGCAAAAGCAUUCACUGUGGUCUCCAACCUUUUCGUGCUGUUCUCCAUUGUUGCAAUGUCUCUCAACACUGUUGAAGAACUCCAGACUUACAGAAUUAAUGACAAAACGUACAUGGAAUGGGUGGAGAUCAUCACCAUUGUGUUCUUCACCUUUGAGUAUGUAAUUCGCCUUAUCACGACUCCGAACAUGACCAUGUUUUUGAAGAGUGCUCUGAACUUCGUGGACUUAGUGUCGGUCAUGCCUUACUUUGUGCAGAUCAUCUUUGAGGCCUUUUCUGAUGCAGAGGAUAUGAAUGCACAGGAGGACCUCAGGGCCAUGGCUCGAGUCAGCAAGGUCAGCCACGUCCUCAAAGUUGUCAAACUGCUGCGGAUCUUCCGGAUUUUGAAACUCGCCCGACAUUCAACUGGCAUGAGGGCAUUCGGAUUUACCCUGAGGCAGUGCUAUCAGCAGGCCUGUUGCAUUUUCCUCUUCAUCGCCAUGGGAAUUUUCACUUUCUCGGCUCUCCUGCAUUCAGCAGAGAGGGAAACCAAGGAAUCUCCCAUCAGCAGCAUCCCGUAUGCCUGGUGGUGGGCUGCAGUCAGCAUCUCCACGGUGGGAUACGGGGAUGUGGUUCCUGUAACCAUCCUCGGACGCUUUGUGGCAUUCGGCUGCAUCUCGUUUGGUAUCAUCCUCAACGGCAUGCCUAUCUCCUUCCUCUUCAACAAGUUCUCCGAUUACUACAGCAAACUAAAGGCCCAGGAGUACAACUCCAUCUCUGUCCAACGCCGCUUCCAGCUGAAGAAGAGGCUCAGGCACAAAAUGGACACGUGUUUCCAUCCCACAGAGGACAACGGCUCAGAACGCCACAGUGAGAAUCCAGACUGA